UAAGAAAACAAAAAAAGAAAAAGAAAAGAAAAAAAAUUUCCAACGGCCAAAGGAGAUAAGACUUGCGUGAGAUAAAGCUGGCAAGUUGAGAUUUAGAUAUCUUUUUCCCUUCAAAAGUGGAGUGAUGCCGCAUAUGAUAUUUAUUCAUGGUAUAAUCCCAUGUGAUGCCCAAUAAGCAAGUCAUCCAAUAGGAUUGGCUGCUAUUGUUGAUCUAGUUGGAUGGUUUAACAUCUGAAGUAGUACAUUGUUGUAGCCAUACACGUGUAACAAUUAAAAGUGAAUGCAAUGCUAUGUCCACACUGUAACCCAGCUCAUCCUAAAUCGAAAAAAUUUGACAACUGCCUCCUCGAUUCUCUCAAUUUACCCAUAAUCGUUCGAUUAUGCAUUUUCCAUGUGUGUCUUUGUUAGCCGUCCGAUUAUGGUUCAUUUAUAAUGCUUAUAAUGCUCACAUGUAGCAUAUCAUCUUGUCUUUACCUGGUAUACUCUACUUACGACAAAGAUGGCUCCUUCAAAUGAAAAUCCAGCAUCCAACGGUUCAUGAUAAAUUGUGAACAUAAUUAGCAAAAUUUCCAUAGUUACGUUGAUAACCCAAAAUAAACGAUUGAGGAUGACAUACUCUUAAACGAUGCCAUUAAAUUUCUUCAUCUCUUUCACGUAUACAACUCUUGCAUUCAAAUAUAUCCCUUAUUGAAUCAAAUCCUCAGUCCGUACCCCAAACCUUUCCCUUCACCAUCUUCUCAGUGUCUUCUCUGCAAUGCCUAAGUUGCAUAAACCGAGGGCGUGUUCUCCACCGUUCCUACUCUGCAUAAUCCCUACAACUUAAUUACUCCCUACAUGUACGGGAGUUGAGUUGAUACGCACAAUGAUCUUGAGGUGUUCUUAAUCCCUUCGUUCCCACAAGUCAAAUACAAUGGUUGAAUCCUCCUGCACUUGUAGCUGUCAUAGUAAAGUUGGUCGUAAGCGUAAAACUCGCAACUUGGCCACCUCAACCGUUACAGCACCGAGGAUACGAUCGUGGAAGGCAUACUGUACCAGAAGCAAGAAAUACAAUCGCCCUUUCGUUCCAUCGACACCGCCCUCGAAAAUCCGCAAAAAGGUUCUAACAUUGACCUGGUCUGAAAAUCAGUUCCCAAUACCCCCUGAUGGUUUCUAUUAUCUUGUUGACUCUGGGUUUCCGUGCUCCAAGGGUUACCUUCCACCUUAUAGGGGCGAGAGGUAUCAUCUUCAACAGUUUCGCAACUCAGGGGACCUGGUUGGCUUUAAGGAACUGUUCAAUUACCGACACUCGUCUUUAAGAAUGGUGAUUGAACGAUGUUCUAGUGUUUUGAAAUCUCGAUUCCAUGUGCAAACUAGAAUGCCAAAGUAUAAAGUUGCACGCCAACCAAUUCUUGUGAACGCAUGUGUUACCUUGCAUAACUAUAUUCGCUUGGCUGAUCGUGACGAUGUAUUCUUUGCACAUGCCCCUCCUGUUGAACCACUUGAUGGUGAUGGCUUGGAGUACGGCCAUAUAUUUGACUUUUCUAAAGCUUCCUCCAUAGCAAUGACUUUUCUAAAGCUUCCUCCAUAGCAAUGGCCAACACUAGGGAUACAAUUGCCCAGCUGAUAUGGGAUAGCAUCCCUCAUCCCUAGCUCAUUACCUAACACCUAUAUGCUAGUUUAAAUAGUUGUUGGUGUGUAUGCUGGGAACACUGUUAUGUAUGUUUGGUGUUGGGGGGUAUGCUGGGUUUGUUUUCAACAAUUUGUACUUUCGUUACAUAAACUGUUGUUUUGUCUCUAUCCAUGCAUAACCAUGAUAACGAGUUAAAGUAAUUGGUAUGACGCUAUUAUAUUUUGGACUUUUGUUGUAAGGAGACUGUGAUGUAAUUGCAGAGUUGCUAUCUGAUGUGGUAUUCCUUUGUUA